AUGGCCACCAUCAUGUCCAUGGAAUUUCCCUCGUCCGACGAGGAGGACGAUAACUACGACGUCGAGGCGGAGCUCCAGAAGGAGCUGGAGGAAGGAGACCUGUCCGACGAAGUAAAGGAGGAGCUGCAGGAGGAAGGCAAGCAGCUAAUAAGCAACCUGCAAAAGGCGAAGAGAAGUAAAAGGAAGAAGGAAACCAACCCAAAAAUGAUCAAAAGCAUUAUAAAGAGCUCAAUCAUAAAGGAAAAAAUCGAAAAAACUUACCACGACAUUAACAGGGAGUAUGAGGAGCUCUACAAACAUGAGAAGUCAGUUAGCGAUGAAGACUUCCUCUUACAAUUCCACAAGAAGUAUCCUCAGGAAGAGAAGAACUACAACACGACACAGAAGCUGCACGAUCAUUUGAAAAAAUACACGCCAGCGUUUGCCGCAAAUGAUGAAUCCCCCGAGAUGGACAUAAAGGCAUUCAAGGAAAAGUGCCGCAACAAACAGUAUAGCAGCGACAUUUCUAGCGUGGUGAAAAACGCGCUGGAAAACUUUUACGAAAAUAACUCAGUCCAAGUGGAAAAAAAAUACAUGUACGCAGGGAAAGUAUACACGGUCCAAAAAAAAAUUGACAAAACGUCCUCCUCCUAUAAACGGUACCUCAGGAUGAAGGACAAAAUGAACAUAGGAGGAAAUUUCGCAAACAUUGAUCAGCUUGUUCAGAGCAUACAAGAAAAUAAACAGAUCAACACAGUCGAUAAGUCCACGGAAGAUUGGGCCUACUAUAAAAUGGCCAACUCCAUCGAUGAGGAGAAAUUAAAGGCAGGGCAAAAUUACUUGGAAAAUAAAAUUUUCAGUGAAAAUGUAGAACGAAAGGUGUACGAGAAUAAUAUUAAGAAGCGGGCCCCUUGA